AUGUCACCUCUUGACCCGUCUUCCAGCAAGUGUUAUCGGGUGGAUUUGCCCGAUACGGAAGACGAGGAGGCAUCACAUCGAUUAGAUGUGCGUUCGGGCUCGUCAUCUGCGAUUUUACGUUCGCGAAUCAUCUUGUACGGUGGCUCGGUGCUGCCCUUGCCUUUGGACGCGGGAUUUAAAAGACAGGAAUUACAAGCUCAAUUCGAGCUUGCGGUGCAGGAACACGCCAAGUGCGGCAAAAUACACCAGGAUUACAACAAAUAUCUAUCCACAGAACUGUUUUCGCUUAGUUUGCUCGAUCGAAAGUGGGUCCGUAGGAAACCAAUCCCAAGCUCGGAAAAACCUCUGGCAAGAAUGUUUCAUUCUAUGGUGGUCCAUGAUAAUUACAUCUACAUAUUUGGCGGUUUGAGGUUCGACGCUAACAACCAAUUGAAGCUGCUCAACGAUUUCUGGCGAUACGACAAGUUUGAAAAGGUUUGGAAGUGCUUGCUGCCCCCAGACAAUGACAUUCUACUUAAACGGUACGACCAUAUGACAGAAUUUGUUCCGGAACUCUAUGUGAUCAAGGAACCAAGCCAUCAUGGGUUCGUCAUAUUUGGUGGGCUGGACGAGGACGACAAGCUUAUUAAGGUGUCGCAAAUCUACGACCUGGUUUCUGAAAAACUGCAUCCUCGUCUGAUCUUUAAGAUGAGGUUCGCGGACGAUUCAGAAAAUAUCGGACACCAUGCGAUCGAAGCGUCAAAGGACGACGAGAUUGAUGUCCCAACAUUAGGGAUCCGUGCAACAACGAAUUCCAUGGUUUCUGCCCAGUCGCUGGACUCGUCUCAGACCAUUCCCGCGGUGUAUAUCUACAAAAGCCAGCCAGACGAAAAAGUCGAGCCGUUUGUCACGUUCUUCCUGGACAAACCCGACACUGGAAUCACAGAGAAGGUCCCUCCCAAAAAUAUCAGUAAGAUGAUCCCGUUCGAGCUCACGUUCCCGACAUUGGGCUACUUUGGCGAAAACCUCAUUGUCACAGGAUUCCGUCCCGCAGAAAAGACAAUUUCUCUGUACAUAUUCAACCGUGUUUCGCGGACCUGGACAAAACUGCAGGUUUCCUGCACCCAUUCUCCAGAUACUCACCGUUUCUUCAAAGGGUUUGUCUGGAACUCACACCACAAGGUGAUUUUUCUUGGAAGCGCAAAACAUAUUUCGGACUAUCCAACAGUUCAGCAUUUCGACCAUUUCAUUUCGGUUUCGCUCCCGUUCACCAACACUUACGGAAUUGAGCUUGAGCACGCUUUCAAGGACGAGGCGCUCCACAAAUCGUCGUCGGUCUCACACUCCUUAUCGCAGCCGUCGUCCUCGUCCACGCAGCUGAAAAACGAAACUACCAGCUUUGCGGCCUACUCGCACUACGUGGCUCCGCAGGUGAUCGCAAACUCCAUCCGGUCCGUGUUCCCACCGUACGCCGUUGCGCUGGGUAAGAACGCUUUUGAGAGAACAGGGUCGUUUGCAGACUUUGAGUUCAUCUGCGACGACGGAACUUCCAUCUCCGUCCCGCUCAGUCUGUGUCGAAGACGAUGGGGACGCACUUUCGACAAACUUUUAACAGAUGCAUAUGCUAGGGCAUUUGCUGAGAGAAACUUGCUUCAAGAUAGGUACCCGGGAACGCCUCAUAGCACGGUCAACUCCGAAACAGAAAGCAUCCCUUCGCUGCGUUUGCAGAAGGGUAGCGACUUGAGAGCUCCAACUUUCAGAUAUCCUUUCCAGGACUCUGGAAGAACAACUCCUGGUCCAGGAACACCUACGUAUGGGUCCGUUCCUGCGUCCAGACGCAGCUCCUUGAACGUGCCAACAACAUCGCGCAGAGAUUCGGUGGGCCCUUCUCGUCGAGAGUCCGCCACGUCUCGACAGAACUCGUCGUUUGGGUUUGAGAAACUGGCCAUGACCUCCAAGAGCUCGAACAUGCACCGCAGUUCCAUUGCGUCCACGUCUUCGUCUUCGUCUGCAUUCUCUGCGGUGCCGCGUGCCAGCGUGCCAAGUUGUCCAGCCACAUCCAGUAUCGACCAAGCAGACUUCAAUAGUCUUCCAAAUCCUAUUUAUGUCGACGAUCUGCCUGCACAGCCGCCAAUGCCGCCCGAACGAGCACAGUCUCAGUCAGAGACCGCCUCCAAGAUCGAGACUCCGCCGCAUCUUUCGUCCAAGUCGCUACCAACGAGUCGUCUAGCAUACUCUGUUUCGAAUUUCGAGGACGUGGACCCACUUUCCGAGUCAAACACGUCGAACCUCACGUCGAACCUCACUUCUGAGGACGACGUCGACUUCCCAGACGAAUCAAAAGCAGAGAUCGACUUCCGCUACCUACCAAGAACACUGUGCUUGCCGUACUCUAGGACCACCGUUCGGGCGUUCUCGGAGUUUCUGUACACGGGACAGCUUGGUAGCAACUGGAAGGUGAUUCCCACGUGUGCGGAGGUUUUAAUGAUAGCCAAGCUCUACGACGUGCCGUUGUUGUACGAUCUGAUUUCCGAGGUGUUGUUUGUGGUGAUUGCACGGAAAGAAGCCAAGCUGGUGGAAAAUGCCAAAGAAGCUCGCAGCAAAUUGCAAGUACCUGGAGACGGCACUGGGAUAGCUGUGAUCGACCAGUUCACGAACUAUCUCGCCACUCUGGACGACAACCUGCUGGACGUUGUUCUGCUGAAACGGGCUUCCAGAGCUGUUGGCAGGUAUUCUCGAGCAGGAAGUUUGGAGAGUUCCGAGGUGAAUCUACGAGAACCAUCCACUUCCAGAAAGAGAGCAUCUUCGUUCACGCCGUCCAUGACAGAGAGUCUGGACAGCAGCAACAGCGGGGAGGAUUUCACCAACGAGACUCUGGGGCUGCUGGAUCAGGACUUUUACGCAGAAACCAAGCCGGAGGACGACGCUUUGGACGUGAAGGAAUGGCCUACUCUCAAGGAUCUACUGAGACCGGACGGCAAGACGUGUCCGGACGUGAUCAUCGACGUGCUGGUGGAGAUCGGGGCGCUGGCCAGCGACAUAAAGCUGAUGCUACGUGCGAUCAACUGUCGGGAGAUGAUCAUGCAACUACGCGACCGCAAGCGGGAGCCGAUCGACGAGACCGAGCUGAGCGAGAAGCUGGCAGAGGCACGAUUGCGGCCGCACAUGCGCACAACCAAGUCGUCGAGCUCGCUUCCUCCAGACACCGUUUUCAAGAACCGGAGCGAGAGCGAGUCUUUUGAGCAGCCGCCACGCAAGAGCUCUGACCAGCCACGCAUCCCGCACUCACUCACGUUCACAAGUCUCGAGCGGUCCUUCACGUCAACCAGCGCCGAGGCACAUAGCCCGCGCAGAAAGCGCGGGUUCGGACUUUUCAAAAAGAAGUGA